UCUUCAACAAUCUAACAAAUCCAUAAAUCAACUAACUUAGCAACAACUAAAUCACAUUCAUAUUUUCCGGGAAACUGUGAUCCAUUGGCAUGGACUGUCAACAAUUCCUAGAAGGUAAUGAAUUAUUUAUUUCAGCACCACUACGCGGAGGACAGCGCAUUGAACACGACUCAUUCGCGGUUAUGUAUCUCCAAAUCAGGGUCAGUCCGGGGCAUGCAGAAAGGAAUAUAAGGCAAAGAAACACACGCCAUUCCUCAAUAAAAGACUGCGUGGUGUAGAUAACCAUAUAUUUUCUUGUUGCAUCAUUUCAUUGGAUGCGAAGAGUCAUCACACGGACUUUGAAAGAAUGAGAAUGUUGGCAUUUAUCCUGCUUUUUGCCAUAAUUCCACAGAAUGGAACUUCGGGGACUCAAGGAUUAGGAAGGAUUUCUCAGUGGACAGAUAUCCCAGGACAUUUCCCUGCUAUGUCUAAAGUGGGGCACUCCUUGAAGAGAAACGAGGUUUUUGGACCAAAUAUACCCGACGAUGCUCUUUGUUACCUUUUAAAAGAAAAUGAAGAACCGAGACAACUGAUCUGCAAACAUCUGUUAACUCGGACUAGUAAAUUUAACUUCAAUCCGUUUGGGCUCCGAUUUGGAAAGCGUGCAAAUGGUUACCCAUCUAAAGUCAACCUCACAAGAUCCAAGACAAGCAAGCUGUUGCCUAUUUUACUUUAUCUCCGAGAAGUACAAGCUCCAGCCUGA